CUUCUUUUCCUAGCUCCGUUUCUCCUUUCCCUUGCUCAGUUUCUCUCACUACAACCUUAAGUAGAGAGAGAACAUGGGAAGAGCUCCAUGUUGUGCCAAGGUAGGGCUCCACAGAGGUCCAUGGACACCUAAAGAAGAUGCACUUCUCACUAAGUAUAUCCAAGAGCACGGUGAAGGCCAUUGGAGAUCCUUGCCUAAAAAAGCUGGACUCUUGAGGUGUGGAAAGAGCUGCAGGCUAAGAUGGAUGAACUAUCUGAGGCCAGAUAUCAAGAGAGGAAACAUCACUCCUGAUGAGGACGACCUUAUCAUAAGAUUGCAUUCUCUUCUGGGCAACCGGUGGUCUCUCAUAGCGGGUCGGCUCCCGGGUCGAACCGAUAACGAAAUCAAGAACUACUGGAACACCCACCUUAGCAAAAAGCUCCGAGGCCAAGGAACCGACCCGAAUACCCACAAGAAGCUCUCGGGUCUCCCACAAGUCGCCAAUAAUAAUAAGAAGAAGAAGAAGGUGAAUAACACGAAUAGUGUUACUACUAAUAAGAAUAAGAACAAGAAGAAUAACAGUAACAACAAGAAGGUCGAGACUGUGAACACGAUCGCGAUGAUGUCGAAAAAUAAUGUGGACCCCAUGAAGCAGAAAGUUCAUCUCCCGAAACCCAUUAGGGUUACGAGGAACUACAGCUUCGAAGGGAAUUAUACGACGACAAGUGGAUCUUCAAGCCAAGAGAAAGGAUCCUCAGCGGAUACUACUUCCGUUGAUUGUGAUGAUCAAGAAGUCGAUGUUUCAUGGCUGAGCUUCGAAGUCGGUGAUGAUGGCGACGUUGGGUUUCUAAUUAAUCAUGAUAAUCAUGAUCAUCACGUUAAUGGGUCAUCAUCAGAUCAUCAAUAUCAUCAUCACCAUCCAUAUUUGGAGCGCGAGUCUCAGAUUAUAGCAGAAGGCCAAGUUCAUAACGCGACGCUACAGAAGCUCUACGAGGAAUAUCUGCAGCUUCUGAAGACGGAAGAUCAACAACAACAACAACAACAUCAUCAUCAUCAUCAUAUUAAUCAUGAUCAAGUUGAGUUAGAUUCCUUUGCGGAGUCAUUAUUGAUCUGAUUGAUAUAUAACUGGAGACCAAAAAAAAAUAAAAAAUAAAAAAGAAAGAAACUGUAACAGGAUCCGUUUUGUUCGUCGUGUAUUAAGGGUUCAAGUGGAUUAAUUAAAUUAGCUUUUCACGUGCUUACCUUCUACUCAAGAACUUGGAGUCACGUGUCUCCUUGUAACAAAAUAACGUACAAUAUUGUGAAUUAUCAUGGUGAGACAUUUAUGUAAUUUGUAUAUAUGUACUUUAUUUUUUUUUUUCUAGUAAAAAAAUUAGUGGUGUCCUUUCGCACCUAGCCCAAUAGUUAUUUAAUAAUAUACUUGAGAUAACAAGUGGAAUAGAAAGG